GGGGGGAACGACCGGAUCCUGCCCCGGACUGAGCCCGGUUUGGCCUUACCGUGCCCUGCUCCAUCUCCCAACCAUGCUGCGUUGCUUAGUCCAACGAGCCAGCCACCUCCCCAACUUGGAGAAGGGGGACAAACAAAGCGACCCGGUGGCCAGCCUGACUUUCCGAGGUGUGAAGAAGAGGACUAAAGUCAUCAAGAACAAUGUGAACCCCGUAUGGAACGAGGGCUUCGAGUGGGACCUGAAGGGAGCUCCCCUGGACCCGGGCGCUGAGCUCACCGUCGUCGUGAAAGACCAUGAAACCGUGGGGAGAAACAGGUUUUUGGGAGAAGCCCGAGUGCCCCUGCGAGAUGUCCUGUCCUCCCCCAGCCUGGCGGCCUCCUACAACCUCCCCUUGCUGGACACCAAGAAGCAGAGCACCGGGGCUUUCCUCAUCCUGCAAGUGUCCUACAUCCCCCCACCGGGAGCUGCCCCCUUGUUUCCCCCUCCGGCCCCCCCUGAGCCAGCACCGGCUGCUGCUGAGCCCGACACGGUCACUGAGACGGCUGGAGAGGAGGAGACGGAGGAUCAGGCGGCAACGGGGGAUGAGACGGAGCCCUCCUCCUCCUCGGGGCCGCCGGGAUCCGAGCCCCCCUCGCUGCCCCGCAAGCCCCCCAUGCACCAUGUCCAGGGGUUGAAGAGGAGGAGGAGCUCUCCCAAAAAGCCUCUAUCCAACAAGCCGCAGGACUUCCAGAUCAGGGUGAGGGUCAUCGAGGGCCGGCAGCUCCCCGGGGUCAACAUCAGACCCGUGGUGAAGGUGACGGCCGCCGGGCAGACCAAGAGGACGAGGAUACGCAAAGGCAACAGCCCCUUCUUUGAUGAGACCUUCUUCUUCAACAUCUUCGAGUCACCGGCCGAGCUGUUCGAUGCGCCCAUCUUUAUCACGGUUGUGGACUCUCGGUCUUUCCGGACAGACUCUGUGAUCGGGGAGUUUCGAAUGGACGUCGAGACCAUUUACUCCGAGCCAAAACACGCGUUCCUCAGAAAAUGGCUAUUGCUCUCUGACCCAGAGGACUUCUCCGCGGGGGCCAAGGGCUAUCUGAAAGUCAGCCUGUUCGUGCUGGGGCCUGGAGAUGAAGCUCCUCUGGAGAAGAAGGAGGUCUUGGAAGACAAGGAAGACAUCGAGGGCAACCUCCUGCGCCCCACUGGGGUCACCUUGAGAGGGGCUCACUUCUGCCUGAAAAUCUUCAAAGCCGAAGACUUGCCCCAGAUGGAUGAUGCCGUCAUGGACAACGUCAGGCAGAUUUUUGGCUUCGAGAGCAACAAGAAGAACCUUGUUGAUCCCUUCGUGGAAGUCAGCUUUGCGGGCAAGACGCUGUACUCGAGGAUCCUGGAGAAGAACGCCAACCCGCAGUGGAACCAGCGCCUGACGCUGCCGGCGAUGUUCCCUUCCAUGUGUGAGAAGAUGAGGAUCCGGGUGACCGACUGGGACCGUCUGACGCACAAUGAUAUCAUCGGCACCACCUACCUCUGCAUGUCGAAGAUCUCGGCCCCCGGCGGGGAGCUGGAGGAUGAAUUUCCUGCUCUCGCGAAGCCUCUGAAAGCCUCAGACCUGGACGAUGGGCUUGGGUUCCUGCCGACCUUCGGUCCCUGCUAUAUCAACCUCUACGGCAGCCCCCGGGAGUUCACCGGCUUCCCCGACCCUUACGAGACGCUCAAUUUAGGAAAGGGCGAGGGAGUCGCGUAUCGUGGCAGGAUGCUGGUGGAGCUGGAGACCAAACUGGUGGAGCACGUGGAACAGAAGGUGGAGGACAUUUCCGCGGAUGACAUCCUGCGGGUGGAGAAGUACCUGCGCCGUCGGAAGUACUCCCUCUUCGCUGCCUUCUACUCGGCCACCAUGCUCCAAGACGUGGACGACGCCAUCCAGUUUGAGGUCAGCAUUGGCAACUACGGCAACAAAUUCGACAACACCUGCCUGCCCUUGGCCUCCACCACGCAGUACAGCCGCGCCGUGUUUGAUGGCUGUCAGUAUUACUACCUGCCCUGGGGCAACGUGAAACCCGUGGUGGUGUUGUCAUCCUACUGGGAAGAUAUCAGCUAUCGGACUGAUGCCCAAAACCUCCUCCACCACGCAGCGGACAGGCUGGAAGCAAACCUGGAGAAGGUCCACCUUGCUCUCAAGGCCAACCGGUCGCCGAGUGAGCUGGACGCCCUGGGUGCCCAGCUGAUGGAUGACAUCAUCGCCGACUGCAGCCUGACCCUGCCCGAUGUCCUGGGGAAGCCGGCCAGCACCCACCUGGACCAGAACAUGUACCGGUUUCGCAGCACCAACCUGGAGCAGAUAGUGAAGGCAGCCCUGAAGCUCAAGCACGAGGAUUCGAGCCUGCCGGCGGCCCUGGAGCAGGCAGAGGACUGGCUCUCCAGGCUGAAGGCCAUGGCAGAGGAGCCCCAAAACAGCCUGCCCGAUAUAGUGAUCUGGAUGCUGCAGGGAGACAAGCGCGUCGCGUACGCCCGCGUGCCAGCCCACGAGGUCCUCUUCUCCAGGAGCAUCUCCAGCUGCUGCGGCAAGAACUGCGGGAAGCUGCAGACCAUCUUCCUGAAGUACCCCCAGGAGGAGGCGAUGGGUCCCAGGAUCCCAGCCCAGAUCCGGGUCCAGCUCUGGUUCGGGCUGUCGGUCGAUGAGAAGGAGUUCAACCAGUACGCCGAGGGGAGGCUCUCCGUCUUUGCCGAAACCUAUGAGAACCAGACCAAGCUGGCGCUGGUGGGGAACUGGGGCACAACUGGCCUGACCUACCCCAAAUACUCAGAUGUCACUGGCAAGAUCAAGCUGCCCAAGGACAGCUUCCGCCCCUCCACGGGCUGGACCUGGGCUGGGGACUGGUUCAUCUGCCCGGAGAAGACGUUGCUGCACGACGUGGACGCCGGGCAUUUGAGCUUUGUGGAAGAGGUGUUCGAGAACCAGGUCCGGCUGCCUGGAGGCCAGUGGAUCCACAUGACCGAUGCCUACACUGACGUGAACGGGGAGAAGGUCCUGCAUAAGGAUGAGAUUGAGUGUCCUCCGGGCUGGAAAUGGGAAGACGUGGAGUGGGACACGGACCUCAACAGAGCUGUGGAUGAGAAAGGCUGGGAGUAUGGCAUCACCAUCCCGCCGGACCGCAAGCCUAAGGCCUGGGUGCCGGCCGAGAAGAUGUAUCACACCAACCGGCGACGGCGGUGGGUACGGCUUCGCCGGAGGGACCUCGCGCAGAUGGAAGCCAUGAGGAAGCACAAGCAGGAGGAGCUGGACGGGGAGGGUUGGGAGUACGCCUCGCUUUUCGGCUGGCGCUUCCACCUGAAGCAUCGCCGGACCGACACCUUCCGCCGCCGCCGCUGGAGGCGCAGGAUGGAGCCCCUGGAGCGCACCGGGGCCGCCGCCGUCUUCGCCUUGGAGGGGGCCCUGGGGGGAGUGACAGACGACAAGAGCGAUGAUGGCAAAUCCAUCUCCACCCUCAGUUUUGGCGUCAACAGACCCACCAUUUCGUGCAUAUUUGACUAUGGGAACAGAUACCACCUCCGCUGCUACAUGUACCAAGCACGGGAUCUGAUUGCAAUGGACAAGGACAGCUUUUCAGAUCCUUAUGCCAUUGUCUCCUUCCUCCAUCAAAGUCAGAAGACGGUGGUGAUCAAGAACACCUUGAACCCCACCUGGGACCAGACACUCAUCUUCUACGAGAUAGAGAUCUUUGGGGAUCCCCAGAACGUAUCUGACUCCCCUCCCAACAUCGUGGUGGAAAUAUAUGACCAUGACACCUACGGUGCAGAUGAGUUCAUGGGGCGCUGCAUUUGCAAGCCCAGCCUGGUGCACUCGCCGCGGCUCUCCUGGCACCCGGUCAUCAAGGCGAACAGAAAUGUCGGGGAGCUGCUGGCUGCCUUCGAGCUGAUUCAGAGGGAGAAGCCGGCUGUCCAUCACAUCCCUGGCUUCGAGAGUGAGCUGUCCUCCAGCCUGGAUGAGCUCUGCACCCCUGCCUUGUUCUACGAGGGGCUCCUCCAAUGGUCCGCGGACUCUGACCUGCCGUACCCCCCGCCCCAGCGGGAGCCCAACAUUUACAUGGUCCCUCAAGGAAUCAAACCGGUCCUGCAGCGCACGGCCAUCGAGAUCCUGGCCUGGGGGCUGAGGAACCUCAAGAGCUACCAACUGGCCAGCGUCACCUCGCCCAGCCUGCUGGUGGAGUGCGGAGGCCAGCUCGUGCAGUCCUGCGUCAUCAAGAACGUCAAGAAGAACCCCAACUUUGACGUCUGUGUGCUCUUCAUGGAAGUGCGUUUACCCAAGGAGAGCCUGUACAGCCCCCCCAUCAUCGUCAAAAUCAUUGACAACAGGCCAUUCGGCCGAAGGCCUGUGGUGGGCCAGUGCACCAUCCGCUCGCUGGAGGACUUCUACUGUGACCCCUACCGAGAGGAGAUGGAUGGUCCCCAGGAGCACUCAGAUGAUGUGAGCCUCACGCCCAGGGAUGACGUCCUAAUUGACAUCGAUGACAAAGAGCCUCUUAUUCCUGUCCAGCUUGCGGAGGGUCUGACCAGCUCAGCAUUAAUUAACAUACCAGCUUCUCGGGUCCAGCCUCAUAAGAUACCAUGGGAGGAAGAAUUCAUUGACUGGUGGAGCAAAUUCUACGCUUCCACAGGAGAGAGGGAAAAAUGUGGCUGCUAUUUAGAGAAGGGCUUUGACACCCUGAAGGUCUACGAGACAGAGCUGGAGAACGUGGAGGACUUUGAGCAUCUCUCUGACUUCUGCCACACCUUCAAGCUGUAUCGUGGCCGGUCACAGGACUCGAAUGAUGACCCCUCGGUCGUGGGGGAGUUCAAGGGUUCGUUCAAAAUUUACCCUCUCCCCGAUGACCCGCGAGUCCCGGUGCCACCUCGGCAGUUCCACCAGCUGCCGGCCAGAGGACCCCAGGAGUGUCUUGUCAGGGUCUACAUCAUCCGGGCCUUCGACCUCCAGCCCAAGGACACCAAUGGAAAGUGUGAUCCCUAUGUGAAGAUUUCAGUGGGAAAGAAAUCUGUUAAUGACCAAGAAAAUUACCUUCCCUGUACUCUGGAGCCUGUCUUUGGAAAGAUGUUCGAGCUGACCUGCACGCUGCCCCUGGAGAAGGACUUGAAGAUCACACUCUACGACUACGACCUCCUGUCGAAGGAUGAGAAGAUUGGGGAGACCGUCAUAGACCUGGAGAACCGGUUCCUGUCAAAAUACGGGGCGCGCUGUGGCCUCCCCCAAACCUACUGCAUCUCUGGACCCAACCAGUGGCGAGACCAACUCCGUCCUUCCCAGCUGCUUCACCUCUUCUCCCUGCAGCACAACUACAAGGCUCCCACCUACAAGUCCGACCGGGUCAUCUUCAGGGAGCAAGAGUACAUCCUCUCUGAACUGGAGGACGGCAAACCCCUCAACCCCCACCUGGGUCCAGCGGAGGAGCGUCUCGCCCUGUACGCCCUGCGGAAGCAAGGGCUGGUGCCGGAGCACGUGGAGACCAGACCUCUUUACAGCCCUCUCCAGCCAGAAAUCGAGCAGGGAAAGCUGCAGAUGUGGGUGGACCUGUUUCCAAAAUCUCUGGGUCAGCCUGGCCCCCCUUUCAACAUCACGCCACGCAAAGCCAAGAGGUUCUUCUUGCGCUGCAUCAUCUGGAACACCAAGGACGUCAUCCUCGAUGACCUCAGCAUCACAGGGGAGAAGAUGAGUGACAUCUACGUCAAAGGCUGGCUGGUUGGCCACGAGGAGAACAAGCAGAAGACAGAUGUGCACUACAGGUCUAUGGGAGGAGAGGGCAACUUCAACUGGAGAUUCAUCUUCCCCUUUGACUAUCUCCCUGCUGAGCAAAUGUGUUACAUCGCAAAAAAGGAGCACUUCUGGAGCUUGGACAAGACAGAAAACAAGAUUCCACCACAGCUUAUCUUCCAGAUCUGGGACAAUGACAAGUUCUCUUUUGAUGACUACCUGGGCUCCAUUCAGAUGGAUCUCAACAGGAUGCCCAAACCUGCCAAGACUGCUGAGAAGUGCUCCUUAGAGCUAGUAGAUGAGACCUUGUCUUCAGGUCGCUUUGUGUCACUCUUUGAGCAGAAAACUGUCAAGGGAUGGUGGCCCUGUGUUGCUGAGCAGGAUCAAAAGAAGAUCUUGGCGGGCAAAUUGGAAAUGACUUUGGAAAUUGUGGCAGAACAAGAGCAUGAAGAGCGGCCAGCUGGCGUGGGUCGGGAUGAGCCAAAUAUGAACCCCAAGCUGGAGGACCCCAAGCGCCCAGAGACCUCCUUCCUAUGGUUCACCUCCCCGUACAAGACCCUGAAGUACAUCCUGUGGCGGCGGUACAAGUGGGUGGUUAUCCUGGCCAUCGUGCUCUUCGUUUUGCUGCUCUUCCUGGGAAUCUUCAUCUACGCCUUCCCGAACUAUGCUGCUAUGAAACUGGUGAAACCUUUCAACUGAAGCUGUGCUGGAAAACGCCUGAAAGGUCCGGUGCCUGCCUGGGGAUUUUGGAAAAAAGUUGUGGCUCUGCACUGGAUCACAUCUGCAGACGGAGAUGGAGAAUGAACAGCCUCGCUCAGGCCCUAGGCUGCUGCUAAAAUGAAGAUACAACUUACCCUGGUGCAGUAUGCAGAAUCCCACCUACAGCACUCACCUCGGAAGCAGCAUGUAAACAAUACCUACUCUGAAAUAUUCCUUAUUUUACUUCUUUGCCUGUCUUUUUUUCCCCCUUUUGUUAAGCUGCUCUGAUUUGUAAAGCUUGAAUACCAGUGCAAAACUGAAAAGGGUGGGGGAGAAAAGGACCUUUUCAUAUAUAGUCUGUGAGUGUACAAAGAUGCUGCAGACAUUAGCAGAGGAGUUGCAGGCUGCUCGCAUAGGCAGCACGUGCAAGCCAAAAUCUCUCAGGUUCUGAGCCCACUUUUCUUUGCACUCUGAACAAGCCUCCGUUUUCCUUUGCCGUGCAACGUGUAUUACCUGGUUUCUUAUGUAUAAAGUCUACUGAGGAUGAAACGUGCUGCACAGCCUGAUACCCUGGGCUGAUACGUUGCCUUUCCAAAGAGAGCAAAACCCACAAGAUACAGGACCCAGGGAAAAGGCUGAGAUGCAAAAACUGGGCAGGAGUUGGUGGUAAUUUUUAACUCAAAACUCCUAUUGAAUUUUGCACUCAUGAAGGACUGCGCAGUCUGGCUCAUGUUUCUUGGAGCUCGGUUUCCCCUCUGAGCUGCACUUUCACCUCUACAGUCCCACACGCCUCCCUUCCAAACCAGUGCUGUAGUGGCAGAAAGCAGAGUUGGGCUGAGCCCUACCCUGAGAGCAAUCCCAGGAGCAAAGCAGUGCGUGUGGACUUUGCUUUUCUCCUCUCCUGCUAUACGCAACCCCUGCAGCCACAGUUCAGUGAACGUAGUAGCCUUUUUUCUCCUGUGCUCCCAAACAUGCUUAAGCAAAACAGUACAAACCAGACUGCAAUGUAAGCCGCAAAACUCACUGCUGCUGGGCGCUAAUGAGGCAGAUAACCUGCACCUUUGGAAGCAGGCUUGUUUGCUUUCUGCUUUGCAAACAAAUUAUGAUGAGACAUAUCCUGCAGGUCUUGCUCAGCCUCCCACAGAGAAAACGGCAGCUGUGACAGGACUGGGAUGGCAAUGUUGGGACAUUUCUGCUGUUCUCUAUUCCCUCCUCCUGUCCGUCUGUCUCUCUGCCGCUGCAGUCAGACGGAGCGGUAUGGUCUAAGGGGAUUUCCAGUGUUUGUAGUGCUGGCUCAUGUCAUGAGGGGAUGCUAAUCAAAACAGCAUUAGCCUCAAAUUUUCAUCCUGCAUCCAUUCAUCCUGCAGGGAACCAUCUCCCAGAACAGGGGCAUCAGGCAUGAAAGCAAAUGUCCCUUUGGGAGACAGCUGUCCUGCUGCUCUGGCACCGCAUGGCUUUUGCUACGGUCCCUCUGACGAUGAACCGAUCUUUCCCCACUGCCCUUCAGCAGGAUGAGACACGUCUUCCUCAGUUUCAUUUGUCCCCUGGAGCUGUUACUACUCAGCAUGACAUGUGAGAGCAAGUAGCAGCGAAAAGUGAUCCUGGGAGAUCGGAGUUUUUCAGGACAAACUGUGCUAAUGUAAGCUCCUGCCCUGCUCCAGCAAGGCACUUAAGCCUGUGCUUAGCAGAAGGCAGGGAAAAAAAGCACACGCCUAAUUGCCUGGCUGGAUUGGGAUGUAAUGUGUUGAGCAUUAAAUCCCUUGUUAUUCAGUACUGUAACAGCACCCAGAUUGCCCAGGGCAGCUCACUGCCAUGUGUGAAGAGGGUGUCUUUGACAUGGAGAACAUGCAGCUAUAAAAACCUGUCCUUGCUGCUGAGGUUUGGCUGAUCCAGCAUCCCUUUCCCAAAAGCUUGAGCGGUGAAGUCGGCUCUGGGCUUGCACGCCCUGGGCUGGGUGUUUCAUUUUACCGGCACAGUUAAAUGCUUUUUUUUUUGCAUUCGUUCAGUUUUUCCCUAGAAGCCUCCCAACCUCAUUUGCAUCCACACCACCAUUUAUUAGCCACUAUCAAACUACCAGGUUUUGCUCAAAUUUUCCGUAAUGCUUUCUCCCUGAGGAUCUGAUGAGCUGAUGACAAAAGUUGCUUGUGUUUGCACCUUAAUGAGUUUUGGGGUUUAUAUUUUAUGAAAAUGUUGGUGUGGUUGGUCCUUGCACCUCUUCCACCAUGACCUAGCUCUGCCGACAGAGGUGUCUGCCUGUCUUGCUGAGUGCUGGCAUGCCUUGCUCUCCUAUCCGCAGUGGGAAAUCAGGCCCGUGAUUUCACUUCCCUGCUUCGGUUUGCAGAGACUGUGAAAUUUCCCAUCUUGGCAUUAUUGCUCUGUGACCCCUACCUAUUUCAGAAACAAGAUUGUGGUGCCAAGAGCCCCAAAAUGAUGAGUGACCCAUGCUUGAAUGCUAAACGUUGCUUAUAUCUGGAUGCUCAUAACCCAUCCUAUCACAACAAGCACUGUCUAUCCCAGCAGAGGCAAGCAACCCUACCAAAACACAUUCGUGUGUUACCUCUCCAGAACCUCUCCCAGUGAAAAAACCACAUUUUAUUCCCCAGCACUUACCAGCAGCUCUUCCCUGACAAACCAGUGAUGGGAGAGCAGGACCCAGGGCAUCCAGCUGCCUAAGGAAAAGGUUACAUCCCCACACGCAGUCCUCUGGGCUCCCAGUCCAGGCUGCAGGGCCAAUUUUCAUGCCAAGAAGACUCCGUGGAACUCCGUGGGUGGGUAAAAGCAGAUCUGAGCAUCUGAAAACACCAACUCAAUUGCAUUUGCAUCACUGCUUGAACAGCCACAUCCACCCGUUUGCCUGACUGUGGGCCCUCUGUAGCUUGGUUAUGGCUCUCCCCCAAAGCCAGCCAGGAGGCAGGACCUGUAUAAAGUAUUCCCUGUGGCACCCUGUUAUUCAGGGGUUUGAAAUGGUUGGAAGAUGUAUGUUAUCACCUGUCUAUGCCUUACAUACAAUAAUGCAGAAUGCACUGUGGUUACAAAUGAAAUGCUCUGAAACGUU